AUGGCCAAUGUCAGUGACUUAGACAUCGAUAAUUCAGUCAAAGACAGCUUACAACGACAAAUUGCUGAAAUAAAAAAAGAAAUACAAGAGGCCAAAAAUAGAAAUAAAACAAAAGAACUAGAGCUGAGGAAAGAAAAUGAUCAAAGGAAAUCGAGAAUUGUAUUGAAAAGCAGAUAAUAAUAAAAAAGCAUCUUCGGAAUUAUUCAAUUUUCAGUAAAUUUAUUGUUUAGGGAGUCAGUAAUCUGCCAAUUGGCUGCAACCUGUUGCCUAUUUCCCAUCCAGAAAAACUGCAGAAUAGCCUAAUGGCUGCAGCCAGUAAGCCAGUUUACUGGCUCCAAUAAACAAUAUUAUCAUGAGGUUUAAUUUUCCCUAGUGAACCAUCAUCCAACUAUGGCAUAAUAGGAUGGGAUGUUUUGCCUCUUGAAUUCUAGGAGGUAUAUGGGUUUGCUGCUUGAAACUUCCGAGGGUGGUCCCUGCUACUCUCCCUUUAAAUUUGAACAAAAAUCCUAUUACAAUUUAAAGGGGGUUAAUUUUUUUUUUAAAAAAUGUAUAAUAAUUUCCUAUGAAUAGUCCCAUAAGCGGGUGAAUUACUUGCUUAAAUUGCAAUUUGUUCUGACCAAAAUUAUUAGUUUUGGUCGGGCCAAGUAAAACUCAGCGGGCAAUUCACCCGCUUAUGGAGUUAUUAAUUGGAAUUUACAAUAUAUUAGACUACAUUGGACACAAUAUUUUGGAUUUUUAAUUUAUUUUUCUAAUUAAUUAAUUCAAAAUAAUCAAUUUUGUGCGAAAAUUGUUUUAAACAAUAUUCUAAUUGCAUUUUUUCAAAAUUAAUUUUAUAAAAAUUAGUAUUUUUGCCUAUAAAGUUUUCCUGUUGAAAAAGAAAUUUACUCCAAUUUAAAAAGCAUUAAAGCAUUCACUAAUGUAAAUUUUACCAAUAUUUUGUUCCAAUUUAAAUGUUGGUUGAGUUAGGCGAAGAAGGCACAGGACUCAAGUCUGUAGAGAGGCAACGCAUCCAGUGAGGUUUGGCUUCUAUGUGUCCUUGCUUAGACGGGCUUCACCUCCCUAUAAAAAAGCUAAUUCGGAUUUAAAAAGGGCCGACCGUGUAACAAUAACAAUACAGUCCCCUGGUAAUUAAACUGGCAUUGAACACUAAUUAACUAAAUAAGCCAAUAUUGAAAUGCUUAAAACUAAAAAAACAAAGCCAUGAUUACAAAGAGUUCUUAGAAGAGUCAAGAAAACAGUGGGCCACUGAUAUAAAGUGUAGGAAUAGUUCAAUAAUUGUAAGUGUUAAUUAGCAAUUCAAAGCGUUUUUGAAGCAGGAAAAUGAUGUAAAAAUUAAAUACUUGACUGAGAUAGUAGAUUCUCUGUCUAAAAAGUUCUUAUUGCAGCUGAAUAUGAUACCGAACUCACGACUCAAUGCAGUCUUUUCAUCAAUUAACGAAGAAGAAACGACGGGGCAAAUAAUCUCGCGCCCCACGGAUGCAAAUUCUGAAUCAGAAGGAGAAGACACAACCCAAGAAUUUUUUAAGCCGAACUUGAAUUCAAUGAUUCCAGACAAUAAAUAUUUAGUCUCCUCCUUGAUGAGAGAGUAAAACUUUAAAAAAUCCUAAUUUUAUGAAAAAAAUAUAAAAAAAUUAUUUUAAAAAGGUAUUUCUAUAUUAAUUGAUAAAUAUUAUUAUAGCAUAAGCACGUUCAUAGAUCGACCUUGACUAAUUCCUCACUUUCCGCCCCCCUGACAGUUUCAGUUUAGAUAAAAUAGCAAAAAUCGCAAUGACUCGUCAAGUUCAAAAUGAUGAAUUUGCCAUUUUCUUUUUCCUGUUUCAUUUAAAAUGAACCGUCAGGGAGGGUCAGGGGCGGUUCUCAAAGUAUAAUGAAAUUCCGAAAUAACUCUAUUAAAUUUUAAAUAACUUGCAUUCUAAAGCAUAAAUUUUAUAAAUUAAAUUAAUUUAUUUUCCAACUUUUGCAAUCUCAACUAUAAAUUUUUAAGAAAAAAAUUUUGCUUGCUCAUGGAGGUGAAUUAAGUGAAAAUUUGCAAGCUGUAAUUAAAGGGAAUAGUGGAGUUGACGGCUCAAAUCUAGAUAUGAAAAUUGAAAGUAUACAGAAAGAGCUAAUUCCCCACUUUCUUUAGCGAACAAAGCAAUUUUGCUCACUCAAAGAGGGGCUUAUAUUUUUUAUAAAACAGUUUUAUAUGUAAAUUUUGUAAUAACUUUAUUUUAGAUUUAAAAAAUCCAAAUUCGCAAAAAUGGAAAGCGAAUUAAUUUAAUUUGUAAAAUUUAUGUUUUAAAAAAUUCAAAAGCAUUAAUUUAUUUUAUUAUACUAAUUACUACUUAUAUACCAAAAUAUUUUUUAUAAUUUUUACAUUAAAAAAAUAAGCAAAGCUAUUUUUUAACAAAAUAUGGAUUUUCCAAUGGUUUUGUUCACUCACGGAGGUAGGGGAAUAAGGCAUUUUAUUAAUGAGCUUAAGAAGAAAGAAAUAGAAGAAGAAAACUUAAGGUUUAUACCAAAAUCCUUCGAGAUUUCUUCACCAAAUAUAUCAAAAUCGUUAUUAUCUCCACAAAUAUCACCGAAAACUAUUACAUCUAAAAACUUUUACAAUUUUCGCAGCAAACUCCUUCUCAAUUCUCCAGAAAAAAUGCAAAUUGAAUCGAUAUCUUCUAUUAAAGAUUCAAAAUCGUCUGAAGAUAAUAGUGCUUUUUCCUUUAGUAACCCUGACUUUACUAUUGAUAAUCCUUCACUUUUCAACCAAAAUCUUACUCUCCCUUUAAAUUGUAUCUCUGGUAAAUUUUAUAGGUAAUUAAUCUGCAUAAAAAUAAAUUAAAAUAAAAAAAUUUGUAUUUAAUUUAUUUUUUUUUGUUUUUAAAAAUUUGCUUACCAAUUUGAAGGGGAAUUAGUCCUAUCAAAUCAGGAUUUUUAUUAAAGAAAGACGAGUCUUCUAGUGAAUGAAACGCUGAAAGCGAAAUAAAAGCAAUAAUAGGUUCCAGCUCAUCCCAGGAAGAAGGUGUUAAUAAAUACAUCAUAACAGACUCUGGGUUUUUAGACUCAAGUAAUAGUCGAAACAUUGUCAAUAAACUUACACCUUUUUUUAUCCCCGAAAACUCAGGAGGGUCUGGAGAGUUUUCAUCAGUCUAUGCUGCAAAUUCGCAUAGUGCAAGCUCUUAUUUAAGCCCUGAAUCUCAAGAAAUGGAAGCUUUAUGUGUGAAAAAAGAAGAUUACUUAAAAAGCCAGGUAACUGAAACUGAGGAAAGAGGCCUUUUUGAAGCUAAAUGUACACAAACUGAGGGCAAGCCUAAAAGUUUUUGGAAAAAAUACUUGUGCUGUUUUUGCAAGUCUGAAGAAUAUUAA